AUGCGGCGCGUCUUCGCGCAGAUGACUUCGAGUGUCUGUCUCGUCGUCGCAUUGGCAUUAGCCGCACGAGCGUAUGCACUCGACAGCAAUGCACCGCCGCCGUUUGGGCUCCGAGAGCCGACUGCUCUCGCCGGUACGAGCGUUGUCGGUAUAAAACCGGUACUACCCGAGUCGGUUUCUCUCCAUGUCGAGUCACGGCCGGAGGGAGAAACGAACUUAUCGGGCAAUUUCGAGACUGUUGGGGCCAUAGUUGGCAACAGUCAGGAUGAUGACAAUGAUGACGAUAGUGACAGUUGGAUGAGGACAAGUGACACAGAGACGUGGAAAAGCAGUGGAAAAGGGGCACUGGACAACGCCGUGCGGUCAACAGACGAUGACUCGUUUGUGCCCGCGUCGGACGCGGUCGAUCAUUCGAUACGGCCAAUGCCUCUGGAUCAUGGGGUACCGCCAGUUGUUAAUUCGACAUUCAGUGGCUCGCUCGAUGCUGUCAUUCGUCGCGACACGGAUGAUGUGGAUGUUGAUAUAAGGAGACAAAGUGACGUCGGCCGUCUGCACCCCGAGACAGUGGCAACUGUCGUCGAGACGGUUGUUCCAGCUGCCGACUCGGGCGUCAAUGCGACUGUCGGACUGACAGAGAAUCGCACAGCUGCUGACCUUACGCUGGAGAAGCAGACGCAUGAUGCGUCAAGUGCUGGGAAGACUGGGAUGCUUCAACUGGAGGCACAAGAUGACGAUGCCGGGUCUUUGACACUGGACGCAGUCGAAGACGCUGGAUCGCUUGCUUUGAAGACGAUGGAUGUGGAAAAGGAGGCGGUGAGCAAUGUCACCGAUAUGGGCAGGAAGGCAGAGAAUGCGUCGACGUUGGGGGCUCCCGUCGUGAAGACCACUGACGUCGCAGCGAAGACAAGGAAUCAGACAGCGUAUGAGGUUGUAAAGCCGGUGACUCGAGUCGUGGACGUAGUGACGAACUCGAUUAGCCGCAUGGAUCGUGUCGUCGAUGCUGCGACGAACGCUGCGAACCGUACGAAGACGAUGACAGAUUCAGUCGAUGACUUUGUGAAACCAGUCGAUGACUUUGUGAAGCCAGUGGUUUUGGUUGCAAACACGGCUGCCAAUACGUCUGAUUAUAAUGUGAGUACGACGCUUGAUGCAACGGGUGAGACAGUGGCGCCUAUAGUAAACACGACGGACAGAAGAGCGGACUUGAAAAGAAGGGAGGUAGUAAGAAAUGCAAAGUUCCGUGUCGACGCUCCUGUCGAGGAUACAGCAACGCACACUCCUGACUUCACGCCGAGGACGUUAGAUGACACAGCAUCCGAUACGACGAAGUUGGUGGCCCCAGUUGCGAGUACGCCAGCGAACACUACUGGCUUUACAGCAAAGACAGAGUUGCCUGAUAUGAAAAUGGGGACUCAUAGCACUGCAAAUGCUGCUACUUCCAUGACGUCUGCCGCAACGACGACAGCGCCUACGACUGCUACCGUUCCCGCUGCAUCCACUCAUACCUCAGCAAAGAAUGCAGCAACCGGUACUGUGCGCAACAGGACGUUCGAGAGCGCAGGAACGCUGACUCCGGUACCGAUGACGCCCAGCGAAACUGAAGCGUCCGUGAUCACGGCUGAGGAGAUCCCAUCACAAGAGGAGGAAGUGAAGACACAGUCGAAUCGGACGCCCGCGACUGUCACGCAGCCGCUGGACCGUGAGACUGAGACGAAUUCGGGCGAGAAUGAGCAUGGCUUGAGCUCUAAACGCAAUCAGAUCGUGUCUGUCAUCGGCAGCUCUGACAACGUCAACUCUGGCAGUGACGAUUCCGAGAGCGAUGAUACAGUGUCAAAUCGCGACCCGUCCUUGGCGUUCUUGUUUUCCAGAGCCGAUACGGCGAACGCGACCGAAACGCUUUUGACGACGAUGAACGCAACCCGCGAUACGAUGUCCGCGAGAGUGUCUGCUGGAAAUGAAAGUGCUUUUGCUACCGCCUCUGGUGCAGUCGACGGUGGCUUUGAGCUGAAGUCGAGCGAGUUCAAUGUCGCUUCCGCCUCUUCUUUGACUGCGGACUUGACGCAUGCGCCGACAUCGACAGAGAGCUCAGACGAAAUUGUUGUUCAGACUCCGACACCGGAGUCUGCGAAGACGGCAUUGCGAGUGGAUCCUCCCGCUACCUCGGGACCGAGUCCGGCCGCAGCACCGGUGGCCGCAGUUGCGCCGCAGCCGUCAACAGCGCCUGGCAGCAGCACCACGGAGAGUCAAGAGGCGCUGUCCAAACGUGCUAAGGAUGUCUCGGGCGAAAACGGUGCAGGUACAUCGGCCAUGUUUGUGGUCGUUGGCGGUUUGGGCUGUGUGGCCAUCAGUGCCAUCGUUGUGUACGUGAAGAAGCAGCACCGCGAGCAUGAGACGAUGGGUUCCGGUAGCGAGCGCGGGUCAAUGUCUGCGGCAGCAGAAGGCCGCAGUUCCGAAGGCAGUGUGUACAACGACCCGUUGGGCACACGGUACUCCAGCAUCGUCAUGAUCACCCCCAACGGUGACGGUGUGUGCAUAUUGUAG